AUGGCGGCAAGGCGACGGGCGGAUCAUGCUCAAAGCCAGGCGAAAGAUGUCCCAGUUCAGGUCCAGCAACCCCACAGGCAGCUGCCCGGAGGCGAGCGGGGUCUGAGCGAGGAUGUUCGACCUCUCGGCCAGAACGAACCUGUUCGAGGUGGUCUUCAGCACCCACAGCCCGAUCAGUCUAAAGACAUAGAUACGGGUGGCGUGCGACAGGCACUUCCUUCUCUCACGUUCCUUUCCUUGUUCUGCUAUGUUUUCUCAAAGCAUCUGGCACGAUCUGUUUAG